UAAGUAUACAUCGUUGAGCGCCCGGUGUCACGUGCGCUAGCUACGGACAGCACUGAGCUCACAGCAAAGCACGCCAUCAAAUUAAGCGGGUCGUCCGCUUCUUCUCGGCUUCUCGCCACAUCUGCUCGCUUCUGAUCUCAUCGCGGAGCCGCCCGUCGAUCGCCUCGCCAUGGACGCCGCCGGGUCCUCGCCGCCGCUGCGCAUCGUGAUCGUCCCGUGGCUGGCGUUCGGCCACAUGCUCCCGUACCUGGAGCUCGCGGAGCGGCUGGCGGCGCGCGGCCACCGCGUGUCCUACGUAUCCACGCCCCGGAACCUCGCGCGCCUGCCGCCGCUGCGCCCCGCCGCGGCCCCGCGCGUCGACCUCGUGGCGCUCCCGCUCCCGCGCGUCGAGGGGCUCCCGGACGGCGCCGAGUCCACCAAUGACGUCCCCGACGACGAGCGGGAGCCCCUCUGGAAGGCCUUCGACGGCCUCGCCGCGCCCUUCGCGGCGUUCCUCGCCAACGCCUGCGCCCGCGACGACACCAGGCCUCACUGGAUCCUCGCCGACUGCUUCCACCACUGGGCCGUCGACGCCGCCCUCGACCACAAGGUGCCAUGCGCCAUGUUUCUUCCAACCGCCGCCGUCAUCGCCACCAUGCCGCAGCGGCAGCCGGACCACGCGGCCUCGGCACCGGCCGAGCACGCGGUGCCGCGUCACGAGAUUGAGGCAACGGCGCCGCUCCUGUCCGACCAGGGGGUGUCGGGAAUGUCCAUCGUCCAGCGCUACCUCUUGACAAAAGAGAGGUGCACGGUCGGCGCCAUUCGGAGCUGCGUCGAAUGGGAGCCGGACUCCUACCCGCUAGCAGCAACGAUCCUCGGCAUGCCGGUCGUGCCGCUCGGCCUUCUACCGCCAUCACCCGACGGAGGCCGCCGCGCCCCGGACGGAUCAGAGCACGCCACCGUGCGCUGGCUGGACGCGCAGCCGCCCAGCUCGGUCGUGUACGUGGCGCUGGGGAGCGAGGUGCCGCUGCCCGUGGACCAUGUCCACGAGCUGGCUCUGGGCCUGGAGCUCGCCGGGACGCGCUUCCUCUGGGCCCUGAGGAAGCCCAACGGCGUCCCCGACGCCGACAUGCUCCCCGCCGGUUUCCAGGACCGCACCCGCGGGCAUGGGCUGGUGACCACGGGCUGGGUUCCUCAGAUGAGCAUUCUCGCCCAUGGCGCCGUGGGGGCCUUUCUGACGCACUGCGGGAGGAACUCGCUCAUCGAAGGCCUUCUGCUCGGACACCCUCUCGUCAUGCUGCCCAUCUUCGGGGACCAAGGGCCGAAUGCGCGUGCCAUGGAGAGGAAGAAGGUGGGAUUGCAGGUGAAAAGGGAUGACAACGAUGGAUCGUUUAACCGCGAAGGUGUUGCAGACGCGGUCCGGGGCGUUAUGGUAGACGGAGAAGCCAGAAGGGGAUUUGUAGCCAAUGCCCGGAAGAUGCAGAACGUUGUAGCCGAUGAAGAACUCCAGGAGAGGUACGUUGACGGAUUUGUUCAGGAGCUUAGAUCUUACACCACGGCAGCUAGCGAAUGACAAUUUCACUGCUAGCUGGUGACGCUACUCGAUUGGUUCCCCUUGAUUUGUGACUGUCAAGUAUGGACGCCUGCCUGGUCGAUGCUUCGUGUAACGCAUUCCCUUCUUCCCUGAAUUAAUGAACCGUCACUGGCUCGGGUUGUGCAAAGGAUUCUCUGCUUUUUUUUUCUUACAGGAAAAGAAUUCUCGGAUUA